AUGCCGGACAAUCGACAAGGACCACGGGUAGCUCACGUCGAGGACUACGACGACGAUAACAACACAACUAUCUCACAUACUCGCGCUUUUGCUAGCGCUUCCAGUAGAGGCACCAAGGAUGGUAGCGACUCGGGGUAUUCCAGCCGUGCUGGUACCCAUGAUGGAGAGAGCAAGCAGACUUCGCCGGAGGUAGUGAUGGCGAUGCCGAUUGAGAGACAGAGAAAUCCCUACAGCAGUGGUCCACUACCUCAACGUCAAAAGUCUACGACACAUCCAAGGCGACCGAAUGAUAUUAAGAAUUCGGCCCAGCAUGAACCUGAGAAGCGGAAGGAGUUUUGUCAUCGUAAGGGCGUCUGCUAUACUUGUGACCAAUUGGGAUACCAUGUGAAUCAGGACGAGUUCGAAGCAGGUCUUGCCAAGCAAACGGUGACUGGUCAGGAUGGCCACCGGAGAUCCGAAGCACCCAAGGUUGAAGUGUUCGAAGAGGAGGAGGAGCGCAUUGACCCGGGCAAGAAGGUACGACAGGUGUCUUCACACAAGGGCGGCCGGCCGGAACUUGACAAGCGGCAUUCGACCACAAGACACACACCCGCAUUCAGUCCGGCGCCUGGCCCUUACUCUUCACAUGACUACGUGGCACAAAUGGCUACUGCAGGUUACGCAGUAUCUCCUUACGGCUACUCGCCAGCUUCGGUCACGCCUUUGACGCCAGCUUAUGCUUCGCAAUCGCACUCACGUGGAUACUUCGAUCAUCGUAGCACAGCACCAAGUCGGCCCGCGCCGCUCCACCGUAAUAGUGUCCACGAACGGCCUUCGACCUCCCAGACGACUUACGCAGACUAUGAGAAAGUAUACCCUGCCCCACAACGAGAGACUUUGAAAGCAGCCAAACGACUAUCCUAUAAUGGAAAGCGACCAGAAGAUUACGAUUUAAUGCCUCCGCCACCACAACGACCAGAUCUAAAGGUUGCCACUGACACUCCGCCCACGCCCAAUCACACGCAUUCGUACUCAGCGGACUACAAGAGGCACGACACAGGCUACGAUGGCUCGGACGACUAUCGUGAUUCGUACGACAGCUAUCAUCGCAGACCGGCUGACGACUUGUCAAGAACACGAUCUCGUGAUCUAUCUCCCCGCCGACAUGACCUACCACCACUGUCUGCACGACCAAAGCCAAGACAGACGGUCUCAGAGUCCUACACAUCCAAAUCUGCCACGAAAGACCAAUUGGGUCAUACCUCAAGCACGCGACGAGCGACUCAGCCUGUCACUGCGAUCGAUGCGAAACUCGCUGAUGCCGAAGCAUACCAAGAGCGACAAGGCGCAGCCAAGACAUCGCAUGCUUUGACACACCAGACCAAGACAUCAAGCGGUAGCAAGACUCAUACCAGAUCAGAAAGCGGCAGCAACCAUAGCCACCAGCAGAGCCACUACUCCUCCGCAUCACGGAUUUCCUCCAAAUCACAGACGUCUCGUCGCGGCAGCGUCCUCAUCGAGACAGGAGGCAAGGCUCGACCAGUGAGCAUCGCCUUGCCUGCCCACGGCGUGACCAUACAGAUCGGCGGCGAUGCUCCGGACGAGAAGCCCAGACUCAAGGGUAGCAUAGAGCCCAAAAUGAUUGAACAAGCUCCGACACAAAGCGGAAGCACGGCGAGCAAGUCAUCCGCGACUAGGAGCCGUGCUGCCACGAGCGACUACACGACGUCUGAUCGCGGACGAGAUGGUGGAGGGCGUGAUCGAGGACAAGACUACAAGAUCACGAGACGGAUCUCGCAUGUCAUCGAUGAUAGUCGGCCGCCGUCGUCGCCGGUAAAGAUGAAGCAGGGCCGGUCGUCUUCGUCGACGCGGUCUGGCAGCCGGCAUAGGGCGUCGAGUGACGGUAAUCAACGACGUUAA